AUGAACUUACCGCUGGAGAUUAUAGCUGAAAUACUUUCAUGGUUACCAGUUGAUGCUAUUCUGCGCUUACGUUGCGUUUGCAAGACAUGGUACUCAUUCAUCAAACAACCCCAAUUCAUCAAACUCCAUCUUCUUCAUUCUGUUAGAACCCUCAAUCCCAACCAUGGCAUGCUUAUCUUUGAACAAUCGCGUUACGAGAAUGGAAUCCUCUGUUUAACACCCUUUGAUGAUGAUGCAAUCUCGGGCUUCCCUUUAAGGGUUCAUCUUCCCUUUAGAGAAGAUCGUGUUCGAAUGUGUCAUUGCGAUGGCCUUGUUUUGGUCACCAAAGCUUGGGCCAAUGAAUGUGUGCUUUGGAACCCAAUACUGCGGAAGCAAAAGAUGUUGACUUUACCUGGUUUCGAGUGUCGUGGAUUUCCCGGUAGUGUUGUUUUGGUGGAUUUUGGAUUUGGGUUUGACUUAGAAAGUGGUGAUCAUAAGAUUGUUAGGCUAGUGCUUUAUGCUGAUUGGUAUAUAUAUGAUUAUUGCAAGCAUAAUAUUUGGACCUCCGAGGUUAAGGUUUAUUCUUUUCGGAAAAAUUCAUGGACAAAGGUUCCUGACUUGCCUUUCAAUGAUUUAAAGCUUUGUACUCCCUCAGUACAUGCCAACGGUGCUUUACAUUGGUUGGUUUGUGACAGGGAUUCAAGCGAACGGGUCAAAUUUGUUAUUGCUUUUGAUCUUGCAAAUGAAGGGUAUCACAAGCUUCUUGUUCCAUUUAAUGUGGAACGUGUGUCUCUCUCGUGUUUGACUGUUCUGGAUGGCCGUCUCUGCAUGUGUCUGAAUGAUAAUGCAAAGGCUCGUCAAGAGGUUUGGUUGAUGAAGGAGUAUGGAGUGAAUGAGUCUUGGUGUAGACUCUUCAUUUUUGAAAAUUGUGCAUUGCCUUGCAAGCCAUUGGUUUUUUCCAAGACUAGUGUAAAGGUGCUUAUGGAAAAGGAAUCCAAGGAACUAUUUUGGUAUGAUCGCAUCAGUGGGGAAAUUGAAGAGGUCAAGAUUAGUGUUAUGCCUUUAGGCUUUAAAACAAUGGUCUGUGCCAGAAGCCUUCUCUUGCUUGAUGGUGAUGGUGUACAGGAUGCUCAAUUGUAG